AUGUUGAGAUCGGCGGAGGAUUUCAUCGCUCGUGAGGUCGCCGCCGAGGUCGCCCAGCUUCAAGAACGGGCGCUGUCAACAUCUGAAAAAUCGUCCUACGACGAUGAAUACCCGGGGGCGUCGAUGCUGCACUCGACCACCCCGCCCCUCCCCCAGCAUACCCUGCUGAGUCACAUCAACAACAAGGGGAGCUCCGAUGGCUCCAGCAACGGCGCCAGCUCGGUGGUCGAUGCCCGUACCGCUGAAGAAGUUGCUCAGGAUGUCGAAGCCGCUGCUGCCGCCGCUGGACUCCACAAUGAUGUCGAUGAUGUUGUCAAGCGAGCAGUGGCGGCGCUCCAGGCGUCAGGCCAACAGAUCGACCAGUAUAUUGACCCUGCUAUUGGCGGCGAACAACCAGCCGAAGACACUCUGCGCAAACGGAAACGGAGCCACGAGGUGUCGUUUGUGUGCCCCGUUUGCGAUAUCCUGUUCCCGCUGGAACAAACAUACUAUCUCCACAAGCGCACCCACGCCGGACUGAAAGAUAACCGGUGUCUGAUUUGCAAGAAGUCCUACACUCAGUACAAUAACCUCGUCAUGCACCGGGUGACGAUCCACCAGGAUUUAGUGGUGGCCGACGAGCCCGAAUACACCCCUGAAGAAUUGCUGUCGCUACGCGUGUUCCACUGUAACCAGAGCACGUGCCAGGCGACGUUUACGUCGUACGAAAAACUCUUGGUGCACAAGUAUGAACAGCACGGCACAACUAAUCUGAAACGACCUUACAAGAAAAGCGCCACGGAGAAAAUUCAUGUGUGCAACCAUGAUGGGUGUACCAAGCUGUUUUCAAAGGCUCUGGACUUGACGAGACACCGCCGGACCCAUACUGGCGAACGACCGUUCCAGUGCGACUCAUGCAACGCUCUGUUUGCUCAGAAAUAUCGCUUGACGACGCACCGGCGUAUUCACACUGGAGAAAAGCCGUUCCUGUGUACUUUCUGUGGUAAACAGUUUGCACGAGGAGAUGCGGUUCGAGCUCACAUAUUUGCUGUGCAUCGCUCGAACGGGGAGCUGUGGUAA